AUACUAUUAAGUUAAAAAAUAUUUUAUGUUUUAAAUAUUACUAACACCUAGUAUUGAGAAUUCAUCUAAUACUAAUAAUUUUUGUUUAAUUAUUAAGAAAAUUGUAUAUAUUACAAUGAGGCAAGAACUAAUUAUUCGAAGAGGUUAUGAAGAAGACUGCGAAGAACUUUACAACAUGGUUUAUGAACUUUGGGAGUAUGAAAGGAUUUCAAUGACAAAAGAUAUUAAUGUUCAAGAGUUGAAAGAUUUUGGAUUUUGUAAUAACCCAUGUUACCACUUUUAUGUCGCCCAAGAGAAAAAAUCAAAAAAAUUAGCAGGAUUUAUGUUGUAUUUUUUCACAUACUCUAUUGAAGUUGGUAAAUCGAUGUAUUUAAGAGAAUUUUUUAUCAGAGAACAUUAUAGAGGACAUGGAGUAGGAUCACAACUAUUUCAAGUUCUAGCUAAAGAAGCGUAUAAUAACAAAUGUAAAGAAGUUGUAUGGCAAGUAUUGAAAUGGAUUCCUGCCAGAAAAUUUUAUGAAAAAUAUAAAGCUGAAAAUAUGACAGAAUCAAAAGGAUGGCAGUUAUAUGUUAAGCCGAUUAAAAAAAAUGAAAAAUAAUAUUAUCAAGAAAAAAUUAUUUGAAAUGUAUAAUUCAAUGGAUUACAUUUUACAUAUUCUAACUUGAAAAAAAUUAACUGAAGAAUUUAUAAUUAGCAUAUUAAUAGAUUUAAAGUUGAGUUCUGACGUUUCGGACUCAUUGCAGAAUCCAUCACUCUGAAGAUGGACUGAACAUGGAUAAAUCCUUAAGAACAUCAAGCAACAAGAUAAUCCAUGAAAGCUUUAACACAUUCAUAUCUUAAUUUAAUAAAAUUCUUAAC